AUGAGGACAUGACUCAUAAGCAGCAGGGCCACACUGGGCCCAGCGCGGGUGGUGAUGACCAGGGUGGCGAGGAAGGAUCCCCACCAUGCCAGGCUUCCCCCCGAAAGGACCAGGCCUCCAGUGAUCAGGGUGCUGAUGAUGUCCCCGUCCCUCAACCUCUUCUCGAUACUGGCGAGAGUGUGGGCCAACAAGCUCAAGAGAUCGGGGGAGAAGGCCCCAGCACCGGACGUGGGAAGAAGCGGGGCCGCCUACCUAAGGGAAAGGAGGUGGCAUCUGAGGCAGCUGCCCUGAUGGAGGCCGAGCGGCCUAAGAAGAAGGUGGAGUUCGAUGCACCAGAGGUCCCGAGGCCAUGCAGUGUAUGUGGGAAACAGUUUACGAGUUACAAGGCCUUAUUCGGGCAUAUGAGAAGCCACCCGGAUAGGCUUUGGCGGGGGGCCUUCCCUCCUCCCUCAGCCUCCCCGCCAUCUUCUCCAGGUCAGGAUAUCGUACAGCAAGGGGAGCAACUUGCUUCAAGUUUGCUCUCCAUCGGGCAAAGGAUGCUUGAGGCUACCAAUGAGGCCAGCGAUGAAACGGCAACAACCUUAUGUGAUCAAUCAACUCGUGGCGCCAACCCAAGAGGCCUCGAUAUUGAUUUGAACAUGCCGCUGGACCCGAUACCAUCCGAGCCCUCUUCUCCAGUGAAGGAGGCUGGGGGGAACAAAGAAAUUGAUCUCAACAAGGAGGCAUCCGACGAUAGCGAGGGCAACAACCAGUGA